ACUCUAGCUUGCUCCGUUUCACGUAACAUUUACUUUAUAACAUUAAACAACUACUUUCUUUUAGUCAUGCUUGGUGAAUAUACGUCUAAGGAUGGAAAGUUUGUGCCUAAAGUUGGAAUGCCUUUACUUAUUGGUCGAUAUAGAUUUGUAAAAGUACUAGAGUUUGGGCAGUCUGCCUGUGUUAUCUUUGCAACGGAUGAAUGUAAUGAUAGCAAACCGGUCAGCAUCAAGGUAAUGCAUAUUCAGAAUACGACAGUCUCUUAUCAAGAAGCUGAUUGUUUAGUAAAAUUAAAUGAAGCUGAUACAUAUAAUGCAUCAGCAACAAUUACUCUUUUACAUACGUUCAUGUUUGAUCAACAUUUCUGUAUGGUUUUUGAUUUAUUACAACCUACGGCCUUAACUAAUUAUUUCAAGGCCAUGAAAAGCGAAGAAGCUGUUUUGAAAGGAAUCCGACAAGUUGCCAUUCGUCUCUUAGUUGCGCUUGGUUUCCUGGAAAGAGAGAAUACCUUACACGCAGAUAUUAAACCAUCCAAUGUGCUGCUCAAGCGAACGAAUGACUUCUAUUCUUGUACGCUUAUUGAUUUUGGCAACGCUAUAAAAUGUAUCGAAGAAGAACUAUCGCUCUAUUACGAUGACUACAACUUAGUUACGUUACUUUAUCGACCGCCAGAAGUAAUGUUUGGUUGUGGUUUUGGUCUUCCCGUUGAUAUGUGGUCACUUGGGUGCGUUUUAGCGGAACUUUAUUUAAAAACGCCAAUAUUCGUUGGAAAUGACAAAAUGCAAAUCAUUAGGAGAAUGACUAAUGUUUUAGGUUUUGUUCCGAGACACCUAUUUUAUAAGGGAAUGUACUACGACAGCUUACAGUCUUUCACGUACGACAUUGACGAGCAGAUGCCAGCUACGUUACGGUUAAAAAAUUAUGCUCAUAUCAAUGAUAUAAAUUUCUGUAGUUUUCUUGCCGGGCUCUUCCAUUAUGAUCCGGCGAAGAGGAUGACACCAUCAGAGGCAGCUAAACAUCCUUUUUUGGCAUCUGAAUUGGGAAUCUUAUAUCUUCAACCACGACAGCCAAACGACCAACCUCAUUAUACACCAAUAACACUUACUGCUAAAGAUUACAAUGCUCGACCAGUUAUCAAUGGACCACGGAAGAGCCUUGACUCAAUAGAUCUCCUUCGUUCUCCCACCUCUUCAACAGUGCUAAAACCUAAGCCAAGAAUAGCCGACGUUUCGACAAAUAUUUUAUCAUCAGUGAACUGGGAAACGCGUUCCGAUAGUAACAAUAAUAUGAAUUCAGCUACACAUUACAAAGAAGCUAAACGCAAACGGAAACGCACUAGUACAUCAACGGCGUCAAUUGCUUAUAGUGACCAUUACAAAAUAAAAUCGAAAAAUUUAGAAUUUGAUAUAACGAAUGGUGGAACUAUCAAUGAACAGUAUACACUUCGAAAGAGUGGCAGUCCAUAUUCUGUAAGGAAUCAUCUUUUUAUAGGAAAAAAUGGUAAAUUAACUAUAGAAGCUGGCACAGAAGUAAGAUUUGGUCCAGGUGUUAUGUUAGCUGUGAAUGGAACAUUAUAUGCAAAGGGUUCAGAAGAAAAUAGGAUUAUUUUAACGAAAGCGAGAGGAUCGUCGAAAGAUCAUCCAGUUUGGCCUCAAAAAGCAAGAUUAGUUGACGAAAGAAACAUCCACUUCGGUAGAUUGCAAAUAUUUCACAGAGGUGAAUGGAGAGGUGUCUGCUCUAGCCAUCAAAACUGGACUGCUGAUGAUGUAGAUGUUAGUUGUCGUGAAAUGGGUUUUGCUAGAGGAAACUUUAGCGGCUUUCUGUCUUUUGCAACAAACGAUUCUCAUUUUAUGCUGCUUAAACAACCAAAUUGUACCGGACGAGAAAAUUCUAUUUUAAAUUGUAAAGGCGGUCAAAAUAUAAAAAUAGGAUCAAACGCGUGUCUUAAUCAAUUAACUGUACAUCUUCAUUGUGAGGGAGUAAGAGAAGAUAUGGCAACAAAUCAUUGGUGGGGCUUAGAAUUUUAUAAUUCAUCAAACACUUACGGAAAUGAUGGCUUUGGUAGAAGUGCUUGGAAUGAAAGUACCAGUGUAUUAGAAUAUGUAGAUAUAAACUACGCGGGAAUUGACGAUACAAGAAAUUUAGCAGCUGCUGUAAGGGCUUCACCCCAUGUCCCUUUCCUAAAACAAGUUAGAAUAGCCCAUUCAGCGUAUGAUGCAACGAAUUUCACGUUCGUGGAAUCUUCAACAAUUGUCCAUGGAACUGAAUUUAUUAACAAUGGUGGGCAUGGAUUAGUAGUUGAGACAAUAUUUGGAGCUAUAGACAUAAGAGACUCAAAAAUGAUAAAUAAUAGAGGUGCUGGAGUAAGAGCCAAAAUGUAUGACAAAAGGUGGCCAGUCUGGGAUAUUGACGACACGUUCUGUAAAUCUUCAAUAAGCGGCUAUAUUCAAUCUUUUCCCCAAGUUUUAACCGGGGUUAAAAUUGACGGAACAUUCUCCUGUACAAAAACUUAUAGGACCAGAGAGAAUGAAAGGCUAGCCAUAACAGUUUUAGAAUUUGAUAAGGAAUAUAAUGAUAAAGUAAAAGGUAGUAUCAUCCUAAGUGACGCAAGAUAUCUUCCUAAAAAACGAUUGGCGUUUUGGUCAAUAAAUAAUAACACGAUGCCAGCAACAUUUGUCUCACCAGGCGAAGUUGUAGAAGUAAAAUUCAGUUGGAGCCUUCCUCACGGGUUUUAUUGUAAGGAAUUGAAGUAUUGCAUUAAAUUUGUUCUACUGAUUGAAUCAUUCAACGAAAUGGAACUUACUUCUAGAGAGCUCUUUAUCAAUAAUUCAUUAGUUUCUCAAAACCUUCAACAUGGAUUAUUUAUUGAGAAUAUGCGUAACUAUGUGUUUAUCAACGCAACAAACGUAACAAAUAGCGGCUAUAGCGCUGGGAUAAGGGUACUUGGAGGUGCCGGUAUUAUAAACGUUAAUAAAUCCAUUGUCACUCACAAUAGAGAUAACGGAGUAAAUAUUACAUAUGAUGGCGGAAAACGCUUCUUCAAUAUGUCAACAUUUAGCCAUAAUCUGGGUAAUGGAGUUAAUAUUACCCUUAAUGAAACUGCGGUAAUGAAUAGAACCCGUCACACUUACGAACAGGACACUCUAGUUCGAGAAUCAUCAUUUGAAUUGAACGAAGGAUUUGGAAUUAGAGUUAGCAAUUCCUGUCUAACUGGUAAAGUCUACGUUGUUGACUGCAAUUUCUAUCAGAACUUGUUAGACGGAGUUAACCUUGAGUCAUGUUUUCGGAGAGUUGAUAAGGCUAAUGCUACUAAUUUUACUAUAGGCUAUUCAAGAUUUGACGGAAAUCAGGGACACGCAAUCCGCAUAACUCCCAUAUUGAACGCAAUUGGUUUAAUCUCGAAUUCAACGUUCUUAAACCACAAAAGACAUGUUAUUCUUAUUGACAAUACUGAUGACUUCGUUCUCCAAAGAGACUAUAACCAACAUCCAGUAUUUUAUGAAAUAUCCACUAAUACUUUUCAAUCAAAUUCUGGCUUUUACGUCCUAAAUCUGCGACUAAAUGAAGGUUCUAAUGUUCAAUUCCUUAAAGUUAUAUACAACACUUUAUCUUACAAUAAAAUAACUGGUGGAUUUCCUUAUCUUAAUGCCCGAUCAAGAUUGCAUGCUGUUGCUAUAAUAUCCUCAACAAAUAUUAACUUUACCAGGAAUUAUAUGAUAAAUCAGCAAUCGUCUUUUGAAGUAGCUACACAACUGUCGGACAAAUCUAAAACAAUUAACUGCCCUAUACUUUUCUGGGGAACUACCGAUUAUAAUAAUAUAGUAACUAGGAUUUUCGACCAAUUCUCCCGAUUUGAUUUAGCUUUAAUAGAAUAUUGGCCCGUAUUAAGGAGUGAAAUACUCUACAGUCCUUGGCAGUUUACUACUAAAGAUACGCCUAGAAUAGAGAUGAAAUUUGAGAGAGGAGAAGUUAUUGGUGGAAUGUUGGGAUCGGAUCAAGAUCCUAGACGGAAAAGAUUUACUGCUGUUCGUGGUAGAACCUAUAUAGUUGAUAGAGAUAUUAAUGUUCUCGAGAAUGGUGAGAUGAUUUUAGAGCGUGGAUCAACUUUAUUGUUCCCUAAUGCUAUUGGAAUUCAUAUCGGUGGACUCUUAGAAGUAUCUGGUACCAAAUUUGAACCAGUGCGCCUUAGCUAUAGAAACAUGACUGAUCAAAUGCAUUAUAAUAAUUCAAAAGUUAGACUAUCUAAUGGAUUUUCCGGUCGUGUCGAAAUAUUACCAGAUAACGAAACUGAAUGGGGUACCAUAUGUAACGAAGGAUGGACCAAAACAGAUGCUUCGAUUUUAUGCAAUAUGCUGGGAUUAGUCAUACAUCCUGAUGACUUUUUAAUAGACUUACCAGAACCGGGAACUGGGCCUAUUUGGAGAAGCUAUUUAAAGUGUACUGAUCUAGAUACCGAUAUUACAACUUGUCGAGGUGACAAUAAGCAUUCAUGCACACAUGACCAAGACGUGGCAAUAAAAUGCCAUUUACCUACAUGGGCAGGAAUGAGAACUCUUGCUCAAGCGGCUGUCAGAAGAUUUGAACAUAUGGAAAUAUCAAACGCAGGUUUGCUGGAUCCAACGUCAGCGGAAUACGCUGCUGGACUUCGAAUUGAUUACAAUCAGUAUUUUAUUGAAGAUAUAGUGGUUAAAAAUUGUAAGCAUAAUGGUAUUGAAAUAUUUCAUGCUGCUCCUGCUGCUGAUAAAGUACCAAAGGGCACAAUUUCUAGGGCCCAUGUUCACUCUAACUUAAAAUCUGGUAUUUCAACUAGAUAUUCCUUUUUGGAAGUAAGAAACUCAAUAAUUGAAAAUAAUGGUCAUGCUGGAAUUGAGUAUAAUCCUGUUUUAAGUGGCUUAGAGGCAAGGUCUAUUAAAUCUGGGAUAACAGAUUUAAAAUAUAUAGAAGAUUUUGAUGAUAAAACAAUCGAAAUUCCUAAGGAGAAUCAAAUUUUUUUGUCAACCAGAGAACAGUCUUCUCCUCCCAAUAUAAUUUAUAAAGUACAACUUCGUACAACAGAUCAAAACUAUUUUCUCGUCGUAGAUUUGAUUGAUUGGAAUCCCCAGACUGAACAGGAGAAUUUAACGGUUGUUGAUGGGAGAAAUGAUGAAAAUAGAAGAUAUGUUCUUGAGUAUAACGUUGCCGAAUUUCCUUUUGUUGCUAGUCAAAGAUAUGUAACCAUAUAUUAUGGUGUAACAACAAGGAAAUCUGGUAGAAUUACUCUUGGUAUCACAUCAAGACCUUAUAACCGAUGGCCUUAUCCUUAUCCGUGGAUAUUAGUUAAGGACUCGACUCUGUCAAAAAAUAACUAUGGAGUGAUAACAAGAUUCUACAAUCAAGAAAGUAACGAAUUUCUUCAUACCUUCAAUCGAUUUCGAUUUGAUAGUAUUAGUCUAAUAAAUAAUAAGAUUGAAUAUAACCGAAAAGAGGCCAUUUUAGCUCCUAGCCUUACCAAAUAUCACGAAUUGUACGAACCUACUUGGGAGGAAAGGCAAAAAGCUGGUCUUAUUGGAGAAGUUGUCUACGAAGUUACAAAUUGCACAAUAAAAGGUAACGGUGGUGGUAUUAGAGGAGAACAUAAUCAUGUUGAAUUUGCUAACAACGUAUGGAUAUGGAAAAUUACUGAAUCAAAAUUUUUGAAUAAUAAGCAAGGAGGUAUCUUCCUUGAAUUGCCAAAAGUACAAAUGAUGUAUCAUGAGUGGAUUUUUAAUCACAGUAUACAAGUAAACCAUUCAUCCUUUAUUGACAACGAAAAAUUUGAAUUUAGAAUUGGUGGAUUUUACUGCAACUCUACGGUCUUUGAUAAUAAAUUUAUCAAUAAUGACUGCUCAAGAAGUUGUUUAGAAAUAUCUGGCACUGAAAAAGAUAUUGAGGUUCAUAACAAUGAACUAAGAGAUAAUACGGGUAAACAUAUCAUUGAAUUUCAUAUGAAAUCUCAUACCCCUUAUACGCAAUGGGUCGAUGGCUCAAUGUUUGAGAAUAUUAUACGAAAUAAUAAGCCUUUAAGGGAUGAUAGUAGUGCAGUGGCUAUAAAGGGCGUUCAGAACAUAACGAUUAAUUAUAAUAUCCUUGAAAAUGACGAAAUGAAUUUUGAGUUAGUUGGUGGUCAAACUUCUUCUGUUUUGGAGGAGUAUCUGGAUUGUAGAUACAAUUUUUGGGGAUCCACAAAUGCUGAAGUUAUAUCAAAGAGGGUUUUCGACUUUGAUGAUUGGAAUAAUUAUGCGAUUGUAGACUUUAAGCCGUAUUUGGAAACAGAUCGAUUCAAUGCAAAGGCAAUUGAUAGUCAAGUUAUCAGUACCUCUAGGGGACCCCAAGAACUAGGUGGUAGGAUUACGGAUAGUGUUCUUUUAAGAAAAGCAAAUAGCCCGUAUACAGUUGUGAAGGAUUUGACCAUUAUGAGCAAUGGAUUUCUAAGAAUUGAACCAGGAGUUGAAGUCAUGUUUAAACCGAAUGUUGGUAUCCUAGUACUCGGAAGUUUGACUGCAAUGGGCACCAGCAAAGAGCCUAUAAUAAUGAAACCAGUUGAAAAGAAUUCCCUAUUCAGAAAAAAGAGGAGUACGAAUAAUAUUUCGCUUAGGCUAAUUGGAGGCAAAACGAAAGAAGAGGGCUUCGUUCAAGUGUAUAAUGCUACGGAGAGAAGGUGGACUUUAAUAUGUGAUCCUCAUUUCAACGAUUACACAGCUAUGGUUAUGUGUAGGACACUAGGCUUUGAGGAUACUAAUGUUCUCGUUACCAGAAGUAGAUAUUACGAUUGGUUCGUUCUUGGCUAUCCUAAAAUGCAUGAACAAGUUGUUGAAUGGUUUUGGAGAGAUACUUUCAUAUGCGAUGGAACCGAAGAUAGCUUGGAAUCCUGUAGAUAUAAGCUCAAUUUUCACGUUCUAGCGUGUAUGAAAAAUAGACAGUAUGUCUAUACAAGAUGUGGUCCUCGGAAAAUUGAAAAAACUAAACAUUUCUGGGGCAAUAUUCGAUUUUCUAGUACUUUUCUAGAUGUCGGGUUAACUGUUGCAGGUGAAUCCAUUUUAGAAUAUGUCAACAUCGAAGGUGCUGGAAUGUUACACGGCGAAAGAGCAGCUGCAGUUGAGUCUGUGUAUCAAACGCCUGCAAUUAAGCAUGUAGAAAUUAAAAACUGUGCUUGGAACGGCUUUGAUUUUAUAUCCCCAAAAGGAGCUUUCGACGUUGAGAGAACGGUAGUCAAAGAUGUAUCGGGUUACGGUCUAGGUACAAUUGUCUUGAGAGGAGAUUCAGAUUAUACCAAUGAUAUUCCCAGCUAUAUUCCACUUGUCGAUUCAACAAUACCUUAUGAUGUUCAAGGAAUAGUAAGAAUGUGCACUGUAGAUCGUCUAAUUACUGUUGAUAAAAGAGUACUCGUCUAUCACAAAUAUUCGUUCGAAAAUAUUGAUUGCUUGAAGAUAUUCAGGUCAAAGGAAAGGAAGAAGAAUCUUGGCUUCCGAUUUUUACAGUUUAACAUGUAUAAUGAUUCUUUCUAUGACAAUGCGGUUGAAAUAUACCAAACGGAAUUCUUUGACGAUUAUUGGUUGUUGGGAUCUGUCAAUGCUACUAGUUCUGAUAAAAUGAAAGCUAAAAAAUAUGAAACUAACGGAAAUAUUGAUACUCUGAGUUUAAGAAUAACUGCGUCAGCUGCACCAGGUUCUUACGGAUUCAUAGCUGAAGUUGUAUCUUUGCCCCCAAGCGUUGAGUGGUCACCUGAUCUCGAGAAUAGAGAAAGACAGCGGAUUAGGGAAUCAGUAUUAACUUAUAAUCAGCGAGGAGCAUUUUCAUUCUCAAAUGUAGGAGAAUUAAAUCCAGCAGUUGUUGUUGAGCAUUGUAAAAUGGAACAUAACGGCUAUAAAGUUCUUAAUAAUACCUCUCCUCCAGUAAUAUUUGGUCAAGUCCAAAAUUCAAAGUAUUUAACUAUUGCCAAUAAUUUCUUGGGAUAUAACUACGGCGGGUUAAAGAUAAAUUCCGUAGUCAAAACUAAAUCAAAUGCCAUCUAUGCCAAUAUAUCGAAUAACGUAAUUGUCCAUAAUUCUCACGGAUCACCUAUGGAGAUAUCUGGACAUUAUUUUCAAGUUUUCUCCAUAAGAAAUAACUAUAUUGCACACAAUGAUGCCGAAUUUAGGAAUGCGAUUGAAAUGUUCAAUAUUUCUGUCAACUUUAGCAAUAACUUUAUCCUAAGGAAUAGAGCUGGUUGCAUAUUGAAUAUGUCGAUACCUAUUCAAGCCUCUGUACAACAGCAUUAUAAACAUAAUGCAUUUUGGGAAAAUGAGGCGAUUGGACCAUUUUCAACAACUAUGUAUGCUCAAUCGGCUAAGCAAUCUUUUACCAAUAAUUUCUUCCUUAAUCGUUGGAAUAUAUACGAGUUAGUUACAUUUAAUAGAAGCAAUCCGAAAAUAAAUGAACAUCCUGUCGUUCAAGCAAAGUAUAAUUGGUGGGGAAAUCCUACAAGAUCGUUUGUUAUGGGUCGAAUAUGGGAUAGGAAAGAUGAUAAUUAUCUUAUUGCUGUUAAUUUUGAACCGCACUUGACAUCAAAUCAGACAAUUGUUCAAGGAAAAUGUUGGCCCACAUGGAGACUACAUAAGAAUAAAUGUUAUUAUUAUAUGGGUGGAGCAAUGACAUAUUUUGAAGCGAAAAGCUAUUGUAAGAGAGAGAGAUCACUUUUAGCUAUUGCUAAAGAUGGCAAUAGGAAAAGAUUCCUUUCUAACUACAUAGCAUCUCUUCAAGGUAAAGACUAUACUGAAUUCUUCAGAGUGUGGGUGGAUAGCGACGACUACAACGAUAGAGGAGAUUGUAUGACUUUGGAAGAUGAAGAUUUAGAAAGCGAUGAUUGUAAUCAACUGCAUCCGUUCGUUUGCGAAAGAGAUCCUUACAAAGGUCAAACUAUUGACAAAGCCGUUAUAAUCGUCUGCUGUGCUGUUGUUGGUGCUGUUAUGUUUGUAGUGAUUAUUCUAAUAGUCUUUGCCAUAAUUAAGAAGAGGGAAAGAGCACAGGAAAUGAACGAUCGUAGAAUGAUGACAAAAUCUCGUCUCAGGAGUUCUCAAGCUUCCCUUCAUUCAAACUCUCGCUGGGACGCUGCUUCGAUUGGUUCCACCAAAAAAAUACGACCAAAAUGCGGUCCUGUUGACAAAGGAUCGGCGGCAAAUCGCAUGUUAAAUAUAACUGGAGUAACACAAGAUGAAACUUUAGACCACGAAGAAUACCCUUCCAAGUCAUUCGGUCAUACAACUCUGAAUGAUCAGAAUCCGUCCCCAACAGAUACUUCAUUUUCCUAUUAUGGUUCAGACGUUCAAUAUGCUCCUCCUGGUAGAAGAGAGAAUGAAAUUCGACGUUUACAAAUACCACAUAGGCCAGUUGUUGAUUUACAGAGUAUGAGAUCGGCAGAUUCUCACCCUACGAUAGAUAUGGGGUUCGGCUCAAGAGACCACUUAGCCUACGAUAGGGGUCAACCAUAUCCUAUUCCAUAUAGGAUUGGUGAUGCAGGCUACGCCGACGGAAAUCUUGACGAAUCAGUGUACGAUCAGAGUAGAUCUAGAUAUAAUUCGCGAAAUGAUAUAGACACAGCGGGAAGAUACGACAGAACAGAAACACUUCCAAUAAGAGAUCCUAGAGCCCAACAUCAAAGAGAAACCAUAAUUUCGAUUGAUUUAUCAUUUAAAUCAAAAUUCGAUAGAAAGUUUACAGGGUUUAUCAUUUAUACUAAAGAUUUCGAAGCGAGUAGCUUUUACGUUGAAUCAAGAAUUCGAUAUUCUAUUCCAUUUUUUGACUAUAAUUGCGACAAACAAUGGAGUGCAAACGUUAUAUCGUGCUGGAGAGCAAAACCAGUGUGCAAUUAUGAAAAGUUCAUUAGCACGAAGUACGGAAGUGCAAAAUUUCCUAAAAAUAGAAUAAUUAGGAAAAUAAUGAAGGAUUUACAUAAGAUAGAACCCUAUUGUUUUCCUCCUUAUCAAAAUCUUCGAUAUUACGAUAGAAUUAAUGACAAAUAUGGACUAAAAUGGGAACCAUCUCUGAUUGGCCAACAAGUGAUAUCUACAGAUGGAAUGGUUGUUUUACGUAAAUUGGAUAAUAUUAUAUGUUAUAAUGGUUUUUGUGGUUUGCCAAUGGUCCGUUUGAGGCGUGGGUUAGGUACUUUUUGCUUUCGCGAUAAUUACGACUCAAUAGAGGAAGGUCGUUUAAUUGCAUCUGCCGUUUGUCAUAGUGUAAACAUGGAUGUUUCUCAAAUAGAAUCAAUAAAGAUAAUUGAAGCCACUAAAGAUUUGAAAUAUAUCUUACCUUUAUACAGUUUAAGUUCUAGUUUAGCAAGAUUGUUUAAAAAUAACUUUAAGGCAAAAAGCUACCUUUCUAUGCGUAAAGCUGUCAGACAUAUUUUGGAUGUUAAUCCAUAUAUUUGGGAAUCUACUAGGGACUGUAAAAAAUUGUUAUUAAUUAACUGUGAUAAUAGAUUUAUACGGAUGAAUCCUCCAUUUUUAAUUCGGCUUAAUACGACAGAUUAUCAGUUUAAAAUGUUCAGACCUGGACUAGGUAUUUGGAAAAUGUGUGGACCUAUUCAUUUAAUUGAAAAAGCUUAUAAAUCUUACCAUAGUUCGAAUGCGCAUAAUGAAUCAAGAACGCUUGACGAAUGUGCUCUAGGUUGUUAUCAUACGAAAAAUUGCGUCGCUUUCAUUUACUGGCAAACGGCUAUUGAGAAGUGUAAAAGUGUCGGAAUGGAUUUAUUAAGGGUAACUAAGGAAGGCAUUCCAUCAAACAUAAGAACCUUCUUUUCCACGAAAGGAGAAUUAAUUUGGUUAGGCUUGAUAAGGGAAAAAGGGCAAUUCUGGUGGUCGUCUAAUUUUAAAAAAAAGGAACUCGUAAAUCUCGAAGAAGAACCUUUUAACCAAUGGAUUUUCGAAAGGAGUAAAUGCCAAUAUGGUCUCAUUUAUCAUUCUAUUCCAAGGAUUAUUUCAAGAUUAACUAAAGCUACUCUUAAGAACUUUAAAAUUUAUCAGAGACACGGCGUUCCUUUAGAUUGUUUAAGGGAUAUUGCUACUGCAAUAUGCUAUAGACCUCUACACGGAUGGUCAAGUAAUAUAAAAUUUACGAUGGAAAGAGACAUCAAAACUGUAAAAAGCUUACCUUUUAUUGGAGAUGAUGCUAAAGCAAAAAAGUUCAUUAAUCACUAUUGCGACCCGUUGAAUGAAAACCAUUAUUGCUAUCCAAAGAUGGAAAGUCUGCCUCUUAAUAGAGAACGACAUGAGUUUCACACAGCUAACUAUUCUUUAUAUAAAACAUCCGAAGUGAAUAUUCUCGAUUUAGAAUCUAUGGACAAGUUGAUUUUAUUAAGAAAAAUGAAGAGUGAUGAAUGUAAUUUGAGUGGAUUAGGAAUUCGUGGAAAGACAGGAGUUAUCAACGAGAAAAAGAUGAAGAGCAUUUGUGGUCAUAUUCUAUUAAACUGGAACGGUAGAUUAACCAAAGUUUGUUUGGAUAAUUCCUUAUUAAACAAAUUUAAAGACUACUCAAAAGUAAUUUCCCAAGGUACUUGUUCCAGUUUUGGCUUAGGAGAUAUUACUGCAAUAACAGAAAUUUUCCCUUAUAAUUUCAUUGGUUACUUUAUUAAAAAUAUUACAAAUUAUAGGAAUUUUACUCCAAGACAUUUCUUUGAAAUUCCCAUGACUAUUAAUAAAAAAAGGCAAUUUUGUCAUAAUAAUGUUGGCAUUAAAGUUUUCUGCAAAAAAGAGAGAAAGGUCUUUCCCAAAGAGCAGUAUGAAGAAAAUAAUGUGAUUUUUAAUUUAUAUUUACCGGGUAAAUGGGGAUUUUGCGGUCCUUUUCAUCUUCUGGAAUACUCCUUCGAGAAAUUCAAAAAGUUUAAAGGUUACAAGUACAAUGAAAAUGGAGCUAAUUACAUUUCUAAUAUUAGCUUCAAAGAUUGUAGAAAGGAAUGUAGUAAAAACCGAAAUUGCUCUUCAUUAAUUUACGUUCCAACAAAGGUUAAAGGUUUCUGCGGUUUAACUAAUCGCUAUUGCAAUUCUAAGCCUGAUUAUACAUAUUCUUAUCUUGCUCCUGGACAAUUUAUCUUUAUAAAAUCGCAUAAACUAUGCAAUUUUACUGGAAAGUCUUAUCCCAUUUUUUAUGAUCAUUCGAUAAAUCUAUGCUUUUCAAUUGCGGCGAAUAAAACUUAUUUAAACGCAGUUGGCUUCUGUAGGGAAAUGGGUAUGAACUUACUGAGACCCCAUUGGAUAAGCGACAAUUUCAAAACGUUCUUUCCAUCAAAUGAUUUGGCAUGGGUAGGGGUCAAACUAAUUGGAUCAAUCGCAUAUUACGAUUCCAACUUCGUUCAAAAUUACGAACCAAUGAGUAGCCUGAGAUUGGGAAUUGAUAUAAGCAAAAUUAGAAAAUCUAAUUGUCCUCUUCUAAAAAUAGGUCGCAAGUUAGAUUUGUCGGGGAUGUUUCGAUUAAGCAUAGAAUCUCACUGUAGAGAUAAUACAUUUACAACAAUAUGCCAAAGACCUUUGGAAGGUUCUUGGUCAAGGUGGACAAAAUGGUCAAAAUGCGUUUGCAACGGGCAAACUUACUCUUCCUUAAAACAAUACAGAAAGAGAAAAUGUGACGAUCCACCACCUGUAGGGAGUUUUAAGAAACAACCUUGCAAAUCAUCUUUUAAUCUUCAAACUGAGCAAAGAUUAUGCAAAUUAUACAGACAGGAUAAUAGGAUUAUGUUGGAAAUAGCAUCACCUUCAAUUAUAGAGGAAAAGGAUAUCUGUGGCUCACUUAAUAAAACAUUCAUAGAAACAAACAAGGUCAAGUUUAAGUAUGAAUUCCAUAAUGAGGAUAACUACUCUGCUUACUGUUUAACUUCUGGGGGUUAUAUGACACGUAGAGAAGCUUUUAGCUAUUGUUCCAAGCUAAAUAUGCACGUUCUAAAAAUGAGCGAUAUUCAAUUAAAGAACAACCUUGGAAAGUUCUUAACGGAUACUUUCGGAAACAUUACUGUAUGGUUAGGAUUAGAGAGAGUAAAUAAAACUGAAUUUAGAUGGCAGCAAACUGUAUGGAGAGAUAACUUUACUGUUGACAAAUUUCAGUUAAAUAUUUUAAAAGGCACCUGCUUUAUAGUUACAAUAACAAAAAAUAAAAUGGAAUGGAAAGGUCAUUUAAAGCAAAUUGCUCUCAAAGACAUCAGACACUUUGCUGGAGGCCAUUAA